AUGACAACGAUGUUCGUCCAACUGCGCCGCGUGGUGUACCUGUUGGUACUUCUGCACUUCUGUGCGUGUGUGGUUCACGCUGAAGAAGUUGAUGAUGAACCUAUGACAGAUGAGGAUGUGAAAAUUUCACAGAAAAUUAAAGCGUUGACACCUCAGAUGAAAGAAGGUAAAAAGGAUACAGAGAAUAAGGUCUCUUUAAUGAACAAAGCAAAGGAAGUGUGCAUUGCAGCAGCUCAAAGUGCUCAGAGUGUCUUGAAUGAGUGCAGAAUAUUUGCUGAAGAGAUUAAAAGUGGAUUAAAGAAUUUUGUUGAUUAUGAUACUUUUUUCACUGACGAUAAGAAGAAGAAAGCCAACGAACUUGUGAAAAAGUGCACUGAGACCGCAGGCGUUGUGAAAAAUGCUGCAGAUGAUGUGAAUAAAAAGGUUGAGGCUGCUACUGCUGCCGCAGACAAACUUUUAGGAAUCUCUACGAGUUUGCUUAACAGUUUAAAGCCAUAUGUGAAUUCACUAAAUGAAACGAUGGAGUCAGACAAUAAACCUUCGACGAAGGUUAUUGGGGAGGCAAAGACAGCUGAGGAUGAAUCUUCUGCUGCACAAACCUAUGCAAACGAGGUGAAGAAUAACGCCCAAGCCGCAAAGGAGGAGGUUGCUAAUGCCCUGAAAGUGGAAAAAGAACUGAAAAAAACCGUGAAGAUUCUGGAGAAAGCUAUUCACAGCCCAACGACUGCAGCAGAAGAAGCGAAAAAAGCUGCCGAAGCGGAACAACAAAACAAAGAUGAUUCAGUAACAAAAAAUGACGAGCCAGAGGAGAAACAAACAACGGAAGCUGAAAGGAGUUCAGAAGGCCAAAUCAACAAAAAUGAGGAAAACGGAACGAUGAUAACAACAGCUGAAAAUGGACCAAACACAGAAAAAAAUAUAUGGACUGUGGAGCAACAGAAUAAUAAUGGAGUAAAAGAAAAUGACACAGCCGGAGGUUCUACGAACGAAAGCGAAACAACUAAAAACUCAACCGCUGCUGAAAUAUUAAAAUCUCAAAAUAUGCUAACUAAUACUUCUUCAGCUUCAAUCCAUUUGAAUGUUACACAGUUAAGUGACGGCAGCAGCAGUCCUGCAUUGGUGCACAGUCCCUUAUUGCUGCUUCUUGUUCUGAUGUGUGUGCUGGGCUGCACUCUUGUUUGCUGA